GGGGCCUAGUAUGAUGUACACACUAGGCUGUAGGAUGUAGAUCCAGCUGUCCCACAGUGUGCAAAAUGUGUUUAUGGUAAUCAAAAAAACCUGGCAUGGUCCAUCUUAGAGGAGGCUGAUUUAAUGCUGCAGCUUGAUAGGUAUGCCAGAUCUAACAAGGACUGGUAGCAGGCCAGAGAGAGGCAUCCUUAGCUGAAAGCCUCACUGCAGUCUCCAAGCUGCUGCUGCUGCUCCAGAGCCAGAGUGAAGAGUCCCCUCACCCCCCCUGCACACACACACAGAGACAAAAGGCCCGCUUCGCCUGCUGAACACUGCCCCCUUUCUCCAUCCGUCCCUUCAUGCAUGGCUGUAGUGGUGGCUUCAGGAGAAAACGAGGCCUGGACUGGGACUAAACCUGACCCAGUGAAGGAGAGGGGGAAGAGGGAGGGAGGGAGGGAAGGAGGAGGAUGAGGAGGAGGAUGAGGGCUGGAAGGGUUGAAGCUGAGUGAAGGCAGGUGCUGAGGCCUCUACAGGAAGACUGUCUUUUCCCUGAGUAUCUGUCAUCAAAUCUGACAAAGGGUGAUCUCCUUAUCAAAAUAGAAGGAAGACCAUGGGAGAUGUGAAGACGCCAGAUUUUGAUGACCUCCUGGCAGCCUUUGACAUCCCUGACAUGGUGGAUCCUAAGGCUGCUAUUGAAUCUGGUCACCACAACAACCAUGAUGGACCUAAGCAAUCUAGUGGCACAGUGACUACAGAUGAUGAGGCCCAAAACCCUUCAGCAGGACACGACAUUGGCGUUAGCGUCAUUGUCAAGAAUACCAGAAACACAGAAACCAGUAAUCAUGAUGGAACCAUAUCUAAAAAAGGAGAACAUAUACACUGUCUUUCCCAACUCCCGUCUGUUGGUGUUGGUAAUGGACUUCAAAAUGGCAUCUUGUCUACAAUACCACCUGGUAACCAUUACAACAAAAAUGGAUGUAAAGCUACCAGAGAGGACGGACAGCCAGUUAACCACCAACCAGCUACUUUCAAUCAAUUUAGCCCAAUCUCCAGUGCUGAAGAGUUUGAUGAUGAUGAUAAAAUUGAGGUAGAUGACCCUGUAGACAAGCAGGCAAGUAAGUCAUUCUUAAAAAAGAGAGAGGAGAUCCAGAAUUCAGGAUCUCCUGCAUAUGUGGAUAAUCAACCAAAUGUAAAUAGAGACAAAAUACCUGAUAAAAACAAGAAAAACAGUGGCACAUUUGGAUGUUCCAGGUCUAAUGAUCCCAGCUUAUCCAGUUUACCUGAGGAGAAUCUCAAGGACACUAUCUUCAAGUCGCAAGAUCAGGAAUGCAAGGAGGUUAGAGAGCAAUCGGGGCUUACCAAGGUGUCUUGUUUGUCUCAAGUUAAAGUCAUGUCCUCUACAAAGCUUUCAUCUUGUAUAGCAGCCAUUGCGGCCCUCAGUGCCAAAAAGGCUAGUACUACAGAAUUGUCUAUAAUAGAUUCUCCCACAACACAGAAAGAACCCAUAGUAGCCAAUGAUAAACCCAGAACUCCAGAAAAGACACAAGAGCCUGAGUCAGCCCUAGAAUUUGCAAAGAGGCUGCUAACAAGACAACCAGAGAGCCCCUCUAGUGUCACAAGUGAGGGUAGCAGCAAAGGAUCUCCAGAGUCAAGCACAGACACCACCCCGGUUAUCCCAAAAGUCAGGAUUAAAACUGUUAAAACCUCUUCUGGCCAGAUAAAGCACACCGUCACCAGAGUUCUACCAGAGUUUGAUCCUGAGGGUCUAAAAAAAGGAGAGAAUAGCCCAUCUAUCAUAGCAACGACCAGUGAUAUUUUCUCAUUUCCCACAAGACCGUCUCUUCCAACCACAGUAGUAGCUACAACUGGAGGCCAUUCAUUAGAAAUAACCAAGCAAAUGACUAUUAAACCUGUUGCAACAGCAUUCCUGCCCGUCUCAGCAGUAAAAACAGCUGGUUCUCAAGUCAUCAACUUGAAGCUAGCCAACAACAAAACCGUUAAAGCAACAGUCAUACCCGCCGCAUCAGUGCAAAGUGCCAGCAGUGCCAUCUUGAAAGCUGCCAAGGCCAUCCAGCAAAAGACUGUUAUGGUACCUGCCUCCAGUCUGGCUAAUGCCAAACUUGUUCCAAAGACAGUUCAUCUUAGUCAUCUCAAUCUUUUGCCUCAUACUGUAUCCUCUGCUGUCUGUGACCUUAAACAGACCCCAUCCCCCUCCAAACACCCACAGAAUCAGCAACCACGUCAAGUCAAAAAGCAGAUCAUUCUUGCUGGCCGAACCUCAAAAAAAGUCUCAAAAGUUCAAGUAUUUGCCAGCUCUCAAAGCUCUGUAGUGGAUGCCUUUAAUAAAGUGCUGAGUAGCAUAAACCCUGUACCUGUGUAUGUUCCAAACCUCUCUCCACCAACCUCAGCUUGUAUCUCUAUACCCUCACGUGGCUACAAGUGCCUAGAGUGUGGCGAUUCAUUUGCUCUUGAGAAAAGCCUGACACAGCACUACGAACGUCGCAGUGUGCGGAUAGAGGUCACCUGCAACCACUGUGCCAAAAGUCUAGUGUUCUACAACAAGUGCAGCCUAUUGUCUCAUGCCAGAGGCCACAAGGACAAAGGGGUGGUCAUGCAGUGCUCACAUUUGAUCCUAAAACCCAUUCCUGCAGAUCAGAUGAUAACCACAUCACCCUCAGCCGACCCUUCCAACGUCACUGGCACCAUCUCCCCAACUCAAGCACCCACAAGUCAAGUCCUGGCGAGAGUUGCUGGUGGUGGGUCCCAAACUGCAGUGAUAUCAGCUCCAAGCAGUGUUCCUAUUGUGGCAGCCAUGCCCUUGGAAGAUGAUGCAUCAAAGCUCUGCAGGCACAGUCUUAAGUGCUUGGAGUGUAACGAAAUGUUCCAGGAUGACAGCUCACUAGCCAUGCACUAUCAACAGGCACCAGAGUCCAAUGGGCAGAAAACAUGUACCAUCUGCCAAAUGCUUCUGCCAAAUCAGUGCAGCUAUCUGUCGCAUCAGAGAAUCCACCAGCACAAGUCUCCUUACAUCUGCCCCGAGUGUGGUGCCAGCUGCCGUUCUGUCCAUUUCCAGUCACAUGUCACCAAGAAUUGCCUCCAUUACACCCGUAGAGUCGGCUACCGCUGUGUCCACUGCAGUGUCAUCUUCUCUGAUGUUGCAACUGUUAAAUCCCACAUUCAGAGUAGUCACUGUGAGAUCUUCUAUAAAUGUCCCCUCUGCCCCAUGGCCUUCAAGACUGCACCUGGAACGCACUCUCAUGUGAAAACACAGCAUCCAGGAAUGAAGGCAGGGGAGCCAAAGUUGAUCUAUAAGUGCUCCAUGUGUGAUACAGUGUUCACUUUGCAGUCCCUGCUCUACACACAUUUUGACCAACAUAUUGCAAAUCAUAAAGUAUCAGUGUUCAGAUGUCCCGAUUGCUCCAUGCAUUAUGCACAGAAACAGCUCAUGUUGGACCAUAUUAAGGCCAUCCAUGGAACCUUAAAGACUAUCGAGGGUCCACCAAACUUGGGCAUCAACCUCCCUCUCAGCACCAAGCCAACUAACUCUAACUGUACCAACAGCCCCAGUAAAACUAGCAACAAAGAAGGAGGAAAUGUCAAUGGCCAAGAGAAGGGAGAGAAGAAGCCUUCACCUUCAACCCUAAAAAAAACAAAUGCUAACUCAUCAGCUGACCUCAAGAACUCAACUGGCUCAGGAUACACAUGCGGAGACUGCAACAACCUCUUCAAUUCCAGGGAGGUUUUUGUUGCUCACAUGAGGCAUGAACACAGCAAGAUACUGAAGAAACAUCCAUGUCGUCAAUGUGACAAGUCCUUUAGCUCCUCCCACAGCCUAUGCCGACACAACCGUCUCAAACACAAGGGACUAAAGAAAAUCUACACCUGUCCGCACUGCCCAGCUCUAAGUCAGCCAUUCACUAAAAGAGUGCUGCUGGAUCAGCACAUUCAGCUGAUGCAUGAAGUCAAAGACCCAGAAGGAAAGACUGCCAACUCCAAUAAUAAGGACGCUUUUCCGGUCAAGGAAAAGACCCUAAGCCCUAAAAGAAAACCAGAAGAAGAUGAGGGUCCCCCUGGGUUGAACUGCAGGGGCUCUGACUCACAGCCGUUAAAGAGGCUCAAGGUGAACAUUCUCAAAAUUCACAAGUGUGCCGUUUGCGGCUUCGCCACAGAGGACAUCAUGGCGUUCCACGAGCACAUCCCCCAGCACAAGUCUGACGGCUCGUCCUACCAAUGUCGGGAGUGCGGCUUUUGCUACACCUCCCCCCGCUCGAUGGCCCGCCACCUCUUCAUAGUCCAUCGGCUGAAGGAGCCGCAGGGUCUCGCUCGCUACAACGGACGAGGCAAGGAAGAUGACGAGAGUCAGAGAGAGAACCAGCUGGAUGUUACAGACGAGAACAAUGACGGGACACCAAAUACCAAGUGUAAAGUUUGUGGGAAGAAGUUCGAAACGGAGGGAAAUCUGAACACUCACAUGAGGACACACGGGAUGGCGUUCAUAAAGUCAAAGAGACUGAGCGCGGCUGAGAAGUGAGAGGAACACACGUUUGAACCAUUCCAUAUGAAGCCAAACUGUACAAGGUUAAAACUUGUGCAUAUACAUGAUGUUCAAUAGAGCACUAUAUGUAAACAGUAUAGAGGAGGAAAAAAAAGUAAUAUAUGUCAAAGUCACUUCAUGUGACGUCAAGUAAACUUAACAAGAUAGUUUUUGGUACACAUAGAUGAAUAGAUUUUUUUUUAUAGCAGAGAUGUGUUUUUAUUUUCACAGAUUCCAUCGUUGUUUACUCAUUAUGUCUCGAUAAUAAAAAUGUGGUUGUUAUGGGAUUAAUCCUCAUAAAGGUCAGCAGUGUUCUGAAUCUUCAAAGCUGCUAAUGUCCAAUGAAUGUCUGAAAGAAAAAAGAAAAGUAUGUUUCACUUUCCUUUGAACACGUCAAGCUAAAGUCUUACCAGGCCGAAGAAUAGCUUUUAAGUGUUUUUGUUUACAAUUAUUUUAUUUAACGGAAAACCUAAAUGUCUUUCUGAUCUAUCCCAAGCGUCUUAAAUGAACUCUUGCUUUAGUCUCUUUCUGAAAUAUACUAAGAUCAAAUCUCAGAAUUAACUCGGGACUUCAAUUCUAUUCAAUUUCACAAGAUUUUUCAGACAAUCAGACAACGAUGAAAUUUACUACAUGUUCAGCUACAUCUCCAAACAACUAAAACAUUUGAUAUAACUUAAUAUAUUUAACACAUUAACAACCAUUCAGAAGUCGAAUGAACUUACUGUACAUGAAGUUUUAGGGAUCCACAUUCAUGGCGCAUUUGACCUAAAAACAUGAUCUCUUUUUUUAAACGAAUCAACUAAUAUAUCACGAAUAUACUUUCUAAAAGGUUGUCAAACUUUUUAAUGUUUUAUUUGUGUCUUAUUAUACACUAUAUGGCAGCUCUCUGUGAUUAAAAAAAUCACUUUAAAACGUUUAUUUACCUGAAUAUUUUAAGUAUAAGAUACAAAGCACUUACCUUUUUGACCUGUAAAGGUCAGUAUUUCAUCUUCAUUAUGAGGUUUCUUUGGUUUGAUGGUUAAAUGAAUGAAAACUAUUACGAAUGUAAACUAGGCUGUGAAAUUGACUUUUCAAGAAGACAACUCGUUAAAAUAAGAAAUAAAAAACCAAGGAAUCUAGGUUGGGAUAAUGUAAAGAUUGUUUUGCAUAGCUUUCUUUGAUACAAGCAUUCCUAAAACAAACAUCAUUCAGUUUUUGACAGUCCUUUUUUCUACUCUGACAAUAAGAGUCAUGCUGUAAAACUGCAUGUGAGAGGCAGUCUGUGAACUAUUUGUCACUUAGAAUGUGUCUGCUGCUGUUUUGAAACAUUUCUGAUGCUGGUGUAAAAAGCUGUUCUCUAUGUCAAAUAAAUAAUGAAAACCUGA